AUGGAACUUGUCGAACCGUCUUUGCUCUGAAGACAGCAUAUAUGCACUCCACACCACUGGACACCGAAGCCAUCAAAACAGUGAAGGAGAAAAAUCAGCACACCUGACAGAAACCUAAUGGCAGGAGUGGAGGUUCCAAGGGUGAAGCUCGGAAGCCAAGGACUGGAGGUAUCGAAGUUGGGCUUUGGAUGCAUGGGCUUGAGUGGUGUCUACAACUCUCCAGUUUCUGAAGAGGAUGGCAUCGCCAUAAUUAAGGAUGCUUAUAGCAAGGGAGUCACCUUCUUUGAUACAGCCGAUGUGUAUGGAGCAAGUGCUAAUGAAGUUCUGGUGGGAAAGGCUUUGAAGCAGCUCCCAAGAGAAAAUAUUCAGCUGGCCACAAAGUUUGGUAUAAUAAGAAUGGAAGCUACUAAGAUGGUAGUGAAGGGUACCCCUGAAUAUGUGCGGUCAUGUUGCGAAGCUAGUUUGAAGCGCUUAGGUGUGGACUACAUUGAUCUGUAUUAUCAGCAUCGAGUGGACACAUCAAUUCCCAUUGAAGAAACUAUGGGAGAACUUAAGAAACUGGUGGAAGAGGGGAAAAUAAAGUAUAUUGGACUGUCUGAGGCAAGCACAGAUACGAUUAGACGAGCUCAUGCAGUUCAUCCCAUUACAGCAUUACAAAUGGAGUGGUCUCUUUGGACUCGUGAUAUUGAGGAGGAGAUAGUUCCAUUAUGCAGGCAGCUUGGUAUUGGAAUAGUUCCCUACAGUCCACUUGGGCGUGGCUUUUUUGGUGGCAAAGCUAUCGUUGAAAGUUUGCCUUCAAACAGCAUUCUGUCCACGCACCCUCGAUUCCAAAAGGAGAACUUGGAUAAGAACAAAAACAUUUAUACUCGGAUGGAUGACCUUGCGAAGAAACAUGGAUGCACCCCUGCGCAAUUAGCUCUAGCAUGGGUUCAUGGACAAGGAGACAUGGUUGUACCAAUCCCUGGGACAACUAAGAUCAAGAACUUGGAUGACAAUAUCGGCUCUUUAAAAGUAAAGCUUACUGAAGAAGAUCUGAAGGAGAUCUCUGAUGCUGUAUCCAUCAGUGAGGUAGCCGGUGGUAGAACCUACGAGAACAUGGUUCAUGCGACUUGGAAGUUUGCCAAUACACCUCUACCAACUCAGAAAGUCUGAGCCCUAGAAUUUCAAAGUCUGGCCGGUCUAUUUAAGCAUUUGUCGACUGUGCAAUAAUGACAUGUGAGCACUGAUAGAGAAAACGAGAAGAUGACUUAUGAACUUUGGCAAUGCUUCUGCUCCUAUGACGUUGAAAUAAAUGUGCCGUGCCCAUUGGGAGAGCACUUCUAUCCC